UGGCUUCACUGGCAACCUGCGACUGAGCUGCCCCAUUAGAGCCAAAGGAAGACGAGGCUGAAACAAAGGGAAUCCGAGCUCAUGGAGCACAAUCACAUCUACAGCAGCCUGUCAGCCAACAGCAGCGCCUGGGUUGCGGGUCAGCCCCCCCCCGGGCUCCAAGCCUGUCCCCUGGGGACCCUGCCUGUCAUCUACUACAGCGCACUGCUCUGCCUCGGCCUCCCCGCAAACAUCCUCACAGUGAUCAUCCUGUCACAGCUGGUGCUGCGGCGCCAGAAGUCCUCCUAUAACUACCUUCUGGCGCUGGCGGUGGCGGACAUCUUGGUGCUCUUCCUUAUCGUCUUCGUGGACUUCUUGCUAGAGGACUUCAUCCUGGGCAGCCAGCUGCCCCCCUCCCUCAACAAGGCGGUGCAGGUGUUGGAGUUUGCCUCCAUGCACACCUCCAUAUGGAUCGCCGUGCCGCUGACGGUGGAUCGCUACAUCGCCGUGUGCCACCCGCUGCGCUACCACGCCAUGUCCUACCCUGCCCGCACGCGUCGCAUCAUCCUGCUCGUCUACCUGGGCUGCCUGCUCUCUAGCACCCCCUACUACUGGUGGCCAGAGCUCUUGCAGGGCCUGCCCACUGGAGCUAGCAGCCCCGGCCAGCACGUGCUAGUGUGGGCGCACUGCGUCACCGCCUACCUGGUGCCCUGCUCCAUCUUCUUUGUCCUAAACUCGGUGAUUGUCCACAAGCUUCAUCGCCGGAGCUGCUUCCGCCUGCGGGGCUACUCCACGGGCAAGACCACCCCAUUCUCCUGGCUAUCACCUCNCGCCAUUCUCCUGGCUAUCACCUCUGUCUUCGCCGUGCUGUGGGCACCACGUGUCGUCAUGAUCCUCUACCACCUAUAUGCAGCGCUGCCCUCGGCGCCGGGCCCGGCCCGCCUCCUCCACCUCAUCACCGACGUAGCCAACAUGCUGGCGCUCCUCAACACCGGUGUCAACUUCUUCCUGUACUGCUUCAUCAGCAAGCGCUUCCGGGUCAUGGCCGCCACCACACUCAGGGCUUUCUUCCGGUGCAGGAAGCAGCCGGCUCACUUCUACGCCGGUCACAACUUCUCCAUCACCAGCAGUCCCUGGAUCUCGCCGGCAAACUCCCAUCGCAUCAAAAUGCUGGUCUACCAGUAUGACAAGAACGGAAAGCCGGUCUGCAUCUCCUCCUGAGAUUCACCUCUCUAGUUUUUUUUUGGAGAUACUGAAUUUUCCCAGUAUGAGCUGU